GCCGUAGCUCUCCUUUAACGACCGUCGGACGUGUAACUCCUAUAGAGUUGAAGAAAUACCAGGCGAAAAUAAAAGGCAGGAUUUUGUUAUUUAUGUGUGAGAGACAGUGGUGGUAGGCUGCACUGGGAGCAGCCAUGGGUGAGAUCGAGGGCACCUACCGGGCCCUGCAGACCCCUGGCACACGGCUCGGAGCUCAGUUCAACACCGGCAUCAUCAGCACCCUGGAGCCUGGGCAGAGCCUCAGCUCGGCUAUGGGAGCAGAAGGGAAAAACCACAGCAAGGGCCUGCAGAUCCGUGUCCAGGGCCUGGAUGAUGCUCAGGAAUUCUAUGAGCUUGAGUCAAAGGCGGUUGGUCAAACUCUCUUCUCUGAAGUGUUCAGACGGAUCAAUCUCAUCGAGAGCGAUUACUUUGGUCUGGAGUUCCAGAACCUGCAGAUGAACUGGGUUUGGCUGGAUGCCACCAAACUCAUAGUGAAACAAGUAAGACGGCCAAUGAAUACACUCUUUCGGUUGUCAGUGAAGUUCUUUCCUCCAGAUCCUGGCCAACUUCAGGAAGAAUUUACUAGGUAUUUGUUUUCUCUGCAAAUCAAGAGGGAUCUAAUGGAUGGCCAACUGUACUGUACUGAAAAUACAGCCGCCCUGCUGGCCUCUCAUUUGGUGCAGUCGGAGAUCGGUGACUACGACGAAAUAGCGGACAGGGAGUUUUUGAUGAUGAAUAAAUUGCUGCCAUUUCAGGAACGUGUGCAAGAGAAGAUCAUGGAGCUCCACUGCAAACACUUUGGGCAGACCCCAUCAGAGUCAGAUUUCCAAGUUCUGGAGAUUGCUCGUAAACUGGAGAUGUACGGGGUGCACUUUCAUCCUGCUGCUGAUCGAGAAGGCACCAAGAUCAACCUGGCUGUGGCCCACAUGGGCCUUCAGGUGUUUCAGGGUCAUACCAAAAUAAACACCUUCAACUGGUCCAAGAUUCGGAAGCUGAGCUUCAAGAGGAAAAGAUUUCUAAUUAAACUGCACCCAGAAGUUCAUGGUCCUCAUGAGGAUACGCUGGAAUUUCUAAUGGCCAGUAGGGAUCAGUGUAAGAUCUUCUGGAAGAACUGUGUUGAGCAUCACUCCUUUUUCCGUCUGUUAGACCAGCCUCAGCCCAAAUCUAAAGCCAUCUUCUUCAGCAGAGGAUCGUCCUUCAGAUACAGCGGAAGGACACAGAAACAACUUGUUGAGUAUGUAAAGGACAGUGGGUUGAGGAGAACUCCUUACCAGAGGAGAAACAGUAAGAUCUGCAUGUCGUCUCAUUCCUUGGCUUCUGACAUGCCAAAACAGCAUCUGUCUUUCAACGACAGUCUGAGAGCCCCUGUGUCCCCUUCUUCUGCGACCGCCUCCUUCCACUCCCUGCACACCCCCAGCUCACCCAUGCGGAUGGAGACCGAGAACCAUCCCCAGCAUUUCGAGCAGAGGCAGCAGCCUGUCAGAGCCCCCAGCCCCAUGAAGGAGGACACCAUCAAGACCAACUCCCAAUCCACCUACGCCUUCCCAGACUCUGCCAUUGACAGUCCACAGCUGUCUCCCUUCACCUCCAAAGGUCCACUCUGUCUGUCACCCUCUUUCCAGAUGUCCACACUCAGUCUUCCCGGGCAGGCACCAUCGCCCCUGCAGAGCCCCAUCCUGAAUGAGGUGGGCACUACCAGAAUUGAAGAGGAUGAAGAGGGCAGAAGGAAGAGAUACCCUACUGAUAAAGCCUACUUCAUUGCUAAAGAGAUUCUGAUGACAGAGCGAACAUACCUGAAGGAUCUGGAGGUCAUCACAGUGUGGUUCCGCAGUGCAGUGAUUAAAGAAAACGCAAUGCCUGAGGGUCUCAUGACUCUCCUGUUCUCCAACAUCGACCCCAUCUACGAGUUCCACAGAGGCUUCCUCAAAGAGAUUGACCAAAGGCUGGCACUCUGGGAGGGGCGCUCAAAUGCUCAUGUGAAAGGAGAUUACCAGCGAAUUGGAGAUGUAAUGCUGCGGAACAUGUGUGCUCUAAAGGAGUUCACAGGCUACCUGCAGAAGCAUGAUGAGGUGUUAACAGAGCUAGAGAAAGCCACAAAGCGUGUGAAGAAGUUGGAGACGGUGUAUAAGGAGUUUGAGCUGCAGAAGGUGUGCUACCUGCCUCUCAACACCUUUCUGCUGAAGCCAAUCCAGAGACUCAUGCACUACAAACUCAUCCUUGAACGCUUGUGCAAGCAUUACGCCCCCCAGCACAGAGACCAUGACGACUGCAAAGAGGCCCUGAAAGAGGUGGCAGGGAUCGCUACACAGCUGCAGAGCAAUCUGAUUCGAUUGGAGAACUUCCAGAAGCUGACAGAACUUCAGAGGGAUCUGAUAGGCAUUGAGAACCUUACCGCUCCAGGAAGAGAAUUCAUCAGGGAAGGUUGUCUCUACAAGCUCACCAAGAAGGGUCUGCAGCAAAGGAUGUUUUUCCUAUUUUCAGACAUGCUGCUGUACACAAGCAAAGGAGUUACCGCAACCAAUCAGUUCAAAGUUCAUGGACAGCUUCCUCUGUGUGGCAUGAUUCUCAUUGUGCUGGAUGCUCCGGUGGAGGAGAGUGAGAAUGAGUGGUCUGUUCCUCAUUGUUUCACCAUAUACUCUGCUCAGAGGACCAUAGUGGUAUCAGCCAGCUCCAAAGUAGAGAUGAACAAAUGGAUAGAAGAUUUGAACAUGGCGAUUGACAUGUCAAAGAAGUCUCAGGAGAAAUCAGAUGUUCUAUUGGACCCAAGCCUGUGUGAUCGCUCCAACAGGUCAUCAGAUGAGAUGUCUCUGGAGCAGGAGUCAGAAGAUGACUUGAACUCCUCCCGCUGCUCUCUGGACAAGCAGAGCCACCACAGGGCUAACACCACCAUGCAUGUGUGCUGGCACCGCAACACCAGCGUCUCGAUGUCUGACCACAGCCUAGCCGUGGAGAACCAGCUGUCUGGCUACCUCCUGAGGAAGUUCAAGAACAGCAAUGGGUGGCAGAAACUCUGGGUCGUCUUUACCAACUUCUGCCUGUUCUUCUACAAGACACACCAGGAUGACUUCCCUCUGGCCAGUCUGCCAUUGCUAGGUUACACAGUCAGCACCCCAGGGGAAUCGGAUAGCAUCCAUAAGGAGUAUGUCUUCAAGCUGCAGUUCAAAUCCCAUGUUUACUACUUCAGGGCAGAGAGCGAGUAUACAUUUGAAAGAUGGAUGGAGGUGAUCAAAAGUGCAGCGAGCACCACAGGACGCAUGAGUCUGCUUGUAACUAAAGGCCUAGCAGAGAUGAACGGGGGCAGCUGAGUGUGCAAGACUGAUCUCCUGGAGCUGGGGCUGGGCCCGCAGUCUGCCAGGACCAAGCACCAUUACUCAAUUUUAUCCUUCGUUUUGUGUUUCUGAAAAGUGUCUGAUUCUUGACUUUGGACUCUGUUAUCUUUCUGCUUAAUGGGAAUUAGAGCUGCUUAUUGAAACCUUGGAUCGAUGGAGGUUGUCUGAAAUUUCUAUUCUAUUUUUUUCUCAUCUUCUCACUAAUGAAACCUAAAAUAGGCAUCUGCCUCUUCUUUUAAAACCAUAUUAAACUGAAGUAAUUCUUCUAGAACCACAUUAGACUGAAAUAAGUUAUGUUUGUGUGUGUUCCUGAAAUAUCCAGAGAGAAAAUUGCUAAAAUCACACUUGGGUGUUCAACUAUAUUCAGGUUUUUAUGGUCUUUGCUAAGAUGAAUCUGGCAAUAUUUAAUGAACGUUCAGUCUUUGUCAGAGCGGACACAUGUUAAGCCAGUUUAUUCAGUAGAAAUCUAGUCCUGUAGGACCAGAAAAACUCAUGUCAGUAAUUUGUGCAGGGACAACAGUGACUGAAUACUACUGAGGGGAGUGUUGAUGAGGUUUAUAUUAAGUCCAGUUGGUAAAGUAAGUGGUAUGAAAGACAGUAGCACUGUAAAAUGUGCCUCACUGAUGAAGAAACACAUUAAUGUUGGUCAGAGAGCAUUUACAGGCACAGGGUGUUGGGAGGAGCUCAAAAACUAAAUUUGUGUGAUAGAGGAUGGAUUUGUGCCUCUACCAUUUAUAUGACUGAAGGAGAGAGGUUUGUUCAGGCAAUAUUCUGAGAGGAAUGGAAAUGUUAUUUCAGUGAUGCAGCAGUCAUAGGUCAUUAUUAUCUGACUGUUACUAUUUAGUGGAGUUUUUGGUCAGUUAUUCUAUAUCUAUGCAUUGAUUUGAUGAAAUCUUAAACUUUAUUAUUUUUUAUUGAGGACUGACAAGUAUUUGUUAACCUAAUCUAAAUUUAAUGUUUUGAAUGAGGCAUUCACAAAUGCACAGUUCUUUGUCACUUUUUUUGAUCUUUUGGGUCAUUCAUAAUGUAAUAUUGUACUUUUGUCUAAACACAGGGAAGAUGAAACUUCUAAUGUUGAAGGUAAUGUUACAUCAAACAAGUUCAAGAUAUCACAGUUAAAACAAACAGAAGUGCCGCAUGCAGUAGUUUUACUGUCACUAAAUCCUGAUCUUAAAGUUGGGAUCAAUGGCCUAAAGCUGCCUGUUUCCUUAUGUUACCUUGUAUUGAAGUUUUUUUUUAUAUUUAUAGCAAUGGGAUCGCUAGUUUGUUGGUUUUUUUGGUCAAGAAUCAUACAUAGGUUUCAUUCGUUAGGCUCUUGUUUUGUUACUACCAGUAUUUUGUGCGAGGCAAAUCUCACUAUACAUAUGUUACGGUCUUGUUUUGUUGGAGGGCCAGUUGUUAUUUGUUUUAUUUUAGUAGCAUGAAGCAAAGUUUCCACAGCAUGUUAGACAACAGUGUUAUGUUUACUUAUUGGCAUCACUUUACGAUCGGAUCUGUAUGAUAUUUGAUUUGGGAGAUUUUUAAAUUUUUAUUGUAUUUAUAAGGUUUCUGGAUUUGUCCAUUUAGCAUGCUGUACAGGGUCCAACCAAAGACCUGAAAAAAGUACUGCGCAAGCUUUAAAAGGUUGACCUAAGUUUGUUCGCCACACAAUAAGCAGUGUUGCUUUGUAUACUCAACAAUAUACCAUGAGCAGCUAACAUUUCAACAUGAGCUCAACUUGUCUGAUGUGUUAAAAAAUCCCUCUUAAUUCACACAUGUAAGUGCACUGUGUGGGCUCAUGGUCUCCACCCAUUUUUGUACAUUUUAUGGACUGGAAUCAUUUUCUUCCUCUUUCCGGAUCUGGCAGUAACAGGGAUGAACAAUUAUUUUCCAUCCCGGAUUGCUUUGGGAGUUAACUCAAAGACCUCAGUUUCCUGUCUCAUUCAGAGGCACUAAAUAGAGUUUUGAUGAAAUUGCUUUUCUCCAACUUUGUUUCUAUUUAUUUUGUGUAGCAAGUUGCUGUGGCAUUGCUCCUGUACACAUUGCAUGUAGUAAGUUCCAUGUUAUUACAUUGAAGGGAUUUCAAAUAAAACUGAACUGUAU